CAUCUGUUGCGUUUCGUUUUGUGAUUGGAUUUUCCAGUCUUGUUUUGUGGACCUAAUAAUCGGUGCUUCACUAAAAGACGAGGCGAGGAAUAUGAGAAUCAAACGAAUUCGCUAGUUGAGACAGUCUUAUCUUAUCGCUCGAUUUUUACCUUAAUUCUGUCGUUUGAUUUUAGUGUAGUUUUAAUAACACUAAAAGUGGUCACACAAUUACAAGGGUUUUUAUCAAGAAGAAACAAUAUCCAAUAUGGACGGUCGGCAUUGCAUUGUUUGUAAUUUGGAGCACGAUGAAGACGACAUCUACCACAAUGGUACGCCUGCACACCGAUUCAAUUUCACGCUUUUCGAGUGGAACAGAUACAAAAAAGCGCUUGUUAACAACCGUCACGGAGUGGAGGUUGACAUACAGCCGGUACAAGUGAAUGGGUUCACCUAUAAUUAUACUGUGGAUCCAAAAAAAGGAAAACACACAAUCAAGAUUACAUCGGAAAACUUACGUUGUCACAAUAAUAAUCUGGAAUUUUUGUGCGCCGUUGUAAAUAAACGGAAAAAUUCUAACGUAAUAUUAACCUCUGCCAUACUGCUUCACCCGUAUAAAUUGUGGUCUUUAACCGACCUACAGAACAACUUGGGAGAUUCUUUCGUGGAACUCGAACCAGGAGCUCCUCCGUAUAAAGUAUUAGUCAAAUUCGCCACUGAAAGACCCGUCGUUGGCAGCUAUAAGAUCCCCGUUUCAUUUAAUUUCCAAACGGUUGGCGGCAAUGUGGAUACGUUCACCAUCGCACGAGCUCUUAUCGUAUCAGUCGAAGACAUUCCUCCUGCAGAAGAGGAAGCGGCAGCCAAGAGCCCUUUCACCAAUAAUGACUGGCUGGAGCCAAUCGAGAUAAUUCCGCCUACUCAAAACCAGCGAAAUAUAUGCAUGUACCCGAUUCCUCUGGAUAUGUAUCCUUUUUUGAAAAUGGGCUUGAGGGACUUCGGAGGAUUAACACAAGAAAUGCAGAAUCAUUUGAGACACAUCAGGGCGCAAUUGGAUCCAAGCCACGUCACCGUAGGCAACUACCGAAUGUUCUGGCACAUCGUACUCUGGUUGGAGGAAGUGGCACAGGUGUUGAUGUUGAAAAGAUACAACAUGGAAAACGUUACGAUGGCGGUGAACGGGGAGCUUCUGGAGCUUGAGGUGCCCGGUUUGGCGGAAAAGAGGCCUUCCGUGAUUGCCGGGGACAUGAUUGAAGUUAGAGUCCAUGAAGAUCACCGAGCUUACAGAGGGGUUAUCAAGAGGGUUAACGACAAGACGGUUGACAUAGGUUAUGUCAAUAAUGAGCUUGUGGAUUAUAUAAAGAGCAACCCCAAAAUCGAAUUAGACGUCAGGUUCGUGAUGAACCGGUUACCGUUGGAGCGGAUGCACCAGGGCGUGGACCAGACCGUGAUGAACGGUAUCGUUCCGUAUUUCUUCCCCGAUUACAGCCUGAGCAGAAGGAUCGUUUCGAGCACGAAGACGAUCCGCGAGACCGAAUUCUUCAACAACACGAUCGUGGCGAACAAGGAACAGAAGAUGGCCGUUCUGAACAUCCUUAACGGUACUUCUAUGAGCGCCCCGUACGUCGUGUUCGGUCCUCCCGGUACGGGAAAGACCGUGACCAUCGUCGAAGCCAUCUUGCAGAUAAAGAAGAAGACGAACAAGAAGAUACUGGUGUGCGCGCCUGCCAACGCGGCUUGCGACAUGCUGACGGAGAAGUUGAUGAUGCAUUGCACUAGAAGGGAGCUGAUCAGGAUCAUGUCCGAGAAUGUGGAUAAGCAAAAUAUGAACGAGCUGAUUUUGGGGUACACGAACUAUCAGAACGGCGAAUUUUUAAAACCCACAGCGGAAGAGAUAUCCGAGUAUAGAAUAGUGGUAACAACUUUGAUUCUUAUCGGUCGCUAUUCCCGAAAAUACCACCCCGACGUGGUGUUUAUCGACGAGGCGGCCCAGCCGUACGAACCCGAGGCUUGUUGCGCCCUCGGCAUGAUCGAAAAGGGCAAACAGAUCGUAUUAGCCGGGGAUCCGAAGCAACUGGGACCGUCGGUCGCAUCCAGAGUGUCAGGAAGGUACGGAUUGGGAGUAUCGUUGCUGGAGAGAUUGAUGAAUCUGGAAUUAUAUAGAACCCUGAACCCGAACUUUAUAACCAUGUUGAAACAGAACUUCCGAUCCCAUCGUACUAUCCUUACCCUGCCCAAUAAGCUGUUCUACGACGACCAGUUGCAGGCCGUCUCGACAAGGGCGCACAGCGACCAAUUGGCUGCCAUAUGCGUUUUUGAAAAGAUACCAGGCUUGUGUAAGAAGAAGAAGAACAAACUCCCACGACCCGGACAAGCCGUAGAAUUUUGCUCGAUUAUCUCUCAAGAGUGCCGACAGGGAAGGUCCCCCAGCUAUUUCAACUACAAGGAGACGCAAAUGGUGCUGAAGUACGUGCAGACACUAACGCAACUCGGAUUCGAUAGCGAGGAACACAAAGUGCUUCCCGAACACAUCGGCGUGGUCACUCCCUACAUACGACAGGUUUACAACAUCAGGGAACAGCUACGGAAGAACAACUUUGCCGGGAUCGAAGUAGGAACGACGGAAACUUUCCAGGGCCGUGAAAAACGCAUAAUCAUAAUCAGCACAGUGCGAGCAAAGGACAAUCUACUGGCGUACGACAGGAAGUACAACCUCGGAUUCGUCAAGAACGAAAAGAGAUUCAACGUGGCCCUGACCAGAGCGAUGAGUAAACUGAUCGUGAUCGGUUGCCCUCACGUUUUGGGCACCGACGACAAAUGGGAGCAGUACAUAUGCCACUGCGAGGAACUAGACAGCUUCUGUGGGGCGCCUUACGCGAGGCGAACCCAGGAUGUCAAGGACGAGAUCGUCAACAGAUUGGGUCGCAUUCGGUUGUUGGACACUCAGUACAAAAAGCAGCCGCAGAAUUAACAUAUUUCUCAUGGUUUAUUCGAACAAUUAUACUUUUAUUUAAGAUUAUUCUUUCUUAGUUGAUUUUUUUUUGUCUGUCACAAGUUUUAUUCAAGUGGAUGGGGAGAACGUCUGCAGCUACUGUGUCGUGCCUUAAAUUUUCGCACAGAUUAAUCCAACGGGUCAACUGUGAUGUCGCCAUUUGUUUAAUUUUUUUCUAAUAUAGAGAUUUUAUUCCAAUAUUUUUACUUAUCGCUUAAGGUAUUAUGUAGCACGUUUGUGUCGUUAUAUGCAGUGUGACCUUAUUCUUUUUCUUUCGGGUGAUUUCAUAUUUCCAAGCUUACAACGUAACACCUGCGCGGUUUCAAUCUUUCUAACUCCACGGAGUGCCUUAACAGCCGGAUAUCUUUGCUCAAUGUUUUUGCUUAACUUACAGGUCAGCGGUUCCCAAACUUUUCCCGAUAAAACGUUCAAGCAUUGUUUGGCAGUCAAAACUGUACAAAUCAAACGUCAAUUAUGUGUAAUAACUUUACGAUGCGUCCGAGACUCACAUUGCCGGUGACGUUUGGCUCAAAUCACGUGCAAUACAUAGUUGGGAACUGCUGUCAUAGAAUAGAAACGGCCACCAAAAAUUAGAGUAAAAGUCGAGAAAAAAUUUUAACCUCUCCCAAUCGGUUUUAACAUUAAUUAGGUUAAUGCUAGGUAAUGCAAAUUUGUGUACAAACGAAGGCUGUGUUAAAUCGGAGACUUUUAAGCAGGACACGCUGUAUUAUAAUUAAAUAAGCAAAAUAUGUGGGUGAGUGUACGUUUCGUUAUACUCAGAAACACAAUGUUACAUUUUUCUCUCUCUGUAUUUUCCGAGUGACAAUUUUUUUUAUUUUGUACACUUUUUCUACCUCGAUGCCGUUAGUUAAUAACCGCAAAUUUUUCCAAAUACGAAGCGACUAAAGGUCAAUAGUGAAUUUGUUCUGUACAGGUAGAAUUAUUUUUUUAAAUUUUUAUGAUCGUGUAAUU